UUGGUUCUACGGAUAUAUAUUGCUACAAGCAGAGAGAAAGUAGUAGGAGCAUCUCUUGAUCGUCAGUUUCCUGCCUUGUUCAUCUCUCCUUCCUGGAACCCGGCCGAGACUGCUGCAGCCUCUUACAUAACUGACUCAAGCACCUCCCCUUCCCUUCUCCUCCCACAAACCUCCCAUUUUUUUUUUUAAAAAAAAGAACCCACUAAUCCAAAUUUAAUUCUCAGUUAUAAGCCUUUAUCCUCAGCGCCAACUCACAAACUGCAGAUAAGAAUCGAAGGUCGCAGGUAAAUUCCUGGUUUACAUGGGAAACUGCUGGCCUAAGCCUGUGGAGAGCCUUCCCAGCGCCCCCAAACCUGCCAGUCCUGCAGCAGAGACUCGUGAUCAUCAACACAAGGGAGGCAAGACGAGGGGCAGCAUCAGCACUGUAAAUUUUGUUAGCCUCGACGUUGAACAUAAUAAUAACUUCCCCCCUGAUGAUCGUCAUGAUCAUGAUCAUGAUCAGGAUGUGGCAGCUGCCGAGGCGCCUUCUACUACUGCUGGUACAUGUAGUAGUAGUAGUAGUAGUAGUAGUAGUACUGGUCCUGCAAGUGGCCAUAUUAUGGCGGCCCCAAACUUGAAAAUGUUCACAUAUUCAGAACUGCGGAGCGCCACCAGGAAUUUCAGGCCGGAUACGGUGCUGGGAGAAGGAGGUUUUGGGAGGGUUUUCAGGGGCUGGGUGGAUGAGAAAACCUACGCGCCGUCCAAGGUCGGGGUUGGAAUUCCAGUUGCGGUGAAGAAGUCUAAUCCAGACAGCGAACAAGGCCUCAGCGAGUGGCAGGCAGAGGUAAAGUUCCUGGGGAAAUUUUGUCACCCGAACCUGGUAAAAUUAUUGGGUUACUGCUGGGAGGACAGGGAAUUCCUGCUUGUCUACGAGUACAUGCAAAGGGGAAGCUUAGAAAGCCACCUUUUCAGGAAAGGUGCAGAAACACUUGCGUGGGAAACACGUCUGAAAAUAGCCAUAGGAGCAGCCAGAGGACUUGCUUUCUUGCACACAACUGAAAAGCAAGUCAUCUACCGGGAUUUCAAGGCCUCUAAUAUCUUGCUGGAUUCGGACUUCAACGCAAAGCUGUCUGAUUUUGGACUGGCCAAAUUAGGCCCUGUGAACGGCUAUUCCCAUGUUACCACUCGGGUGGUGGGUACCUACGGCUACGCAGCUCCUGAGUACAUGGCCACUGGUCAUUUGUACGUGAAAAGCGACGUGUAUGGAUUUGGGGUGGUUCUACUAGAGAUCAUCUCGGGCCUACGAGUGCUUGAUCUCAACCGGCCCAGCGGGGAGCAUAACCUUGUAGAUUGGUCCAAGCCGCUUUUGCCCGAAAAGAGAAAGUUGAGGAAAGUAAUGGACCCUCAACUCGAGGGACGCUACCCGUCAAGGGGCGCAUUCCAGAUCGCGCAGCUCAUUCUAAAAUGUCUGGAACCAGAUCCUAAGAAAAGGCCGUCCAUGGAACAAGUCCUCGAGACUUUACAACAGAUUAGCACCGUCAAGAUGAAGCCCAAAGAUGCCAAAGCAGCAGCCCAACAACACCAGGCAGAGCAGCGGCUGCGGCGGCCUGCAAAUCGCACCCACCACCGCUCGCCUCUUCACACAAAGCACUCCAGCUGCAGCAGCGUAAUUGGUGCCGGAGCCCAGCACAAAGACAAGCAUUCUUACUGAUGAGAAGAGGAGAGAUUUUUCGCAGUCUUCAGCGAUGAUGAUGAUGGCCCAUGGGGCUCACGCCGGCAGACAAAAUUAUGAACUAAGCUCGCUGCUGUGACUGUGACAACCCCACUGGGGAAUUGAACAAUGGACAUUGCUGUUUGAUGCUGAGGCGCAAACUUUUUGAGACCCAAAAAAUACCUGAAAAUUAAAUUGGGUGGUUGGUCCAGAUUCUAGAUGUGUAUAUUUAAUUGCGUCCCCGAUCCCUCGUCGGGGAUUUAGGUCAUGUACGUAUGAAACGAUUGAGAUUAGCUAGCAAAUUAAACAUACUCCUAAUAUAAAUUGAUUGUUUUUAAGUUGUACGUUCAAACAACAAGAAGUUGCUGACGAGUCCUGCCCUCCCCGGCCGGAAAUAAAAACGUUAACAACAGGUCUAAAAUUUGGGUUCAUGGAUGAUGUAUACUAGUAAUUUGUAAAGC